AUGACAACUGGUAGAGUAGAGAACUUGGUGACAACUGGUAGAGUAGAGAACUUGGUGACAACUGGUAGAGUAGAGAACUUGGUGACAACUGGUAGAGUUGAGAACUUGAUGACAACUGGUAGAGUAGAGAACUUGGUGACAACUGGUAGAGUAGAGAACUUGGUGACAACUGGUAGAGUAGAGAACUUGGUGACAACUGGUAGAGUAGAGAACUUGGUGACAACUGGUAGAGUAGAGAACUUGAUGACAAACUGUAGAGUUGAGAACUUGAUGACAACUGGUAGAGUUGAGAACUUGGUGACAACUGGUAGAGUAGAGAACUUGAUGACAACUGGUAGAGUAGAGAACUUGGUGACAACUGGUAGAGUAGAGAACUUGGUGACAACUGGUAGAGUAGAGAACUUGGUGACAACUGGUAGAGUAGAGAACUUGGUGACAACUGGUAGAGUAGAGAACUUGGUGACAACUGGUAGAGUUGAGAACUUGAUGACAACUGGUAGAGUUGAGAACUUGGUGACAACUGGUAGAGUAGAGAACUUGGUGACAACUGGUAGAGUAGAGAACUUGAUGACAACUGGUAGAGUAGAGAACUUGGUGACAACUGGUAGGGUAGAGUAG